AUGGCUACCGUCGGCCUCAUGCCUUCACCCACAGGCGCAGUCACGUCCGCCUUCUCGCCUUACACGGACUCGCCCAACUCGCCUGCGCCCUUUUCAAAAGGACACUACCUCCCAACGUCGAACAGAUCCUCUGGACCAUCCGACUCCCUGGCUCCUCCACCCAGCCCAUACCCACAGCACACCGAUCCGUCACCAGUCGACUCGAACGGGACCGAGAGUACAGAAAUAGAAGAUCAGGCGCAAGAGGACGGCAAUGUCAAAUCGCCCAACACGGCCAACGAAGAGCUCAACUCUCCCGACAUAGAAAUCACCAGUCCACAGAGCGCGGACAGUGACCGCAUGCAGAGGAUUGAUACUCAGGUCUCCGCUUCUGCUCGCGCAACACCAGAAGAUGCGCCGUCUUCUGUCAUCCAUGCGCCCACGGGCUUCCAGAAUUUCGAGGCGAAGAACCCUAGCAUACACUCGCCAACGGAGAGCUCCGAGAAUACGGUCGUCUCGCCAGAGACACCCGAGGCUGCUAAGAGCCCUGCCGAUCGAAGGCUCGCGUCAAUCUCGCCUGUCAACACAGAUGUACCACGUUACAACGAUCGGACGACUCCUCGUGCGCAAACCAGGACAGAGCUCGAAGAUGACUGGAAGCGCAGAAGUCGGCGAGCGUCUUCGCUUGAAGACAUACCAGAAGCCAUGGACAGAGAGGACAAGGAUGGCGAGGAGAAAGAAGACCCUGACACCGCUGGACUGGUCGGCGAGGGUACCAUGACGACCGCUAUGGAAGCUUCUUUACACAAUGCACAAGAGGAGAUCGCUGCGCUUCGCACUGCCCUGAGCGAAUGCUGGACGCUCUGCAACACACUCGCAGCACUAUCAUCAACACAUCGACAACGAACUUUCAAGUUCGCUGGGAAGCAGGACAUACAGGAAUCAGCAUGGCGUAGCUGCUGGCGUUUAUGUCAACAACUGUACGACUCGCGAGAUGAGGACCAUGCAUCUCAAGUCUUGCCAACCUUGGAGUUGUGUCGAGACUUCUGCCAAUCACUUUUCGAAGCGCGGCAAAAGACAGACGAGGCUUCUGAUUCUGUGUUAAGGGUAAGUUUCGAGCUGAACAAUCACCUGUACAACACCAAAGAUCGAAGUCUGCCGGAAGCUUUCAACGAACGCACAUUGGACUUUUACAUCACCAUGUGCCAUCGACUCAUGAAGCAGCGAACCUCUCUACCACAGGAGACAGACGCACUACUACGAGCAUGUUGGUCACUAGCAGAAAUGCUCUUCAACCUCCGGCAGAACAACCGAGAAGGAAAGUCUUCAGACGAAGAACUCCUGGGCUCAGCGGUGCAAGCCUGCUGGGAACUCUGCGACCUCUUCCGCGACGGCUGGACGCAAAUCCGACCCGAUCGUGGCACACCCCGACCCAGCCAAGUGACGUUCCAAAACACCUUUCCGAAGCAGACAUCGUUCAAAUCGCCUCCGAGCCGGCCACAAUCGGAAGCGCGGUCGAAUUCUAGUUUGAGUAGUCGACAGUACCACGAUGCUCCCGCCGCGCCCAUCGUGCCGGAAACACCCACCACGAUCUUCGACGAUACAGUCUCAUCGACAUCUUCGCCGGACUCGACUGUUAUACCUAAUAUCCUCGUCCUCGGCCCCGCGCCAUCAGCCAACGGAGGCUCGAAACGAGGCGGGACGCAUCAUGAGCGAUGGUCGAGUAACGCAUCUGUUCUGAGCGGUUACUCGGAAUCCGCUUCAUCCCAGCGCUCGUCCUCGACUGCUACUGCGGGGACGGAAGAGGCACAUCUCGCCCGAUUGCGGUACCUGCUCCUCAAAGCCGGGAUGCACACAGGCUACACGAAAAUCUCGGGCGAAGCACUUCCCGCGCACGUCAGGACUUUGCCCAGCACAGCGUUCGGUAAUAUGCCCUGGCAGGUGAAAGUCCUGGAGUUUUACAAGAAGUUGGUGAUGGGGGAUAAGUCGAUGAUGGGCGUGCAUAAUAUGGCCUCCCGACGCCUCGGAGCGGCGGAGGUGGCGAAGAGUGUCAAGUGGUUGGGGAGUAGUGAGCAGUGGGCUUGGAUGCGGGAUUUGUAUCGGUUGGUGUUUGGGUUUGGGAUUGAGGAGGCGGAGAGGAUUGGGGGGAGUAUUUCUGUGUGA